AUGCCUAUUUCGCUCGAGCUGGAUUCAGUCGGCUCGACAUCUCCUUCCCGCGCGGGCAGCGCGAUAUCUUCUGCUGGCUCGUCGUGGGAGCUGGUGGGCUCGGAGUGCGAAGAGCUCCCGGUCUUUCUUGCUGGGCAGGCGCCGAGCCUGCCAGAAGGCGGGGGUCGACUCCUGGCGACGGCGCGCUGCGGCGGGCCGCUCCUGGUGUUCCUCUGGACGCUCGUGACGGUGGUCCGCGACCCGCCGAGCCCCGAGGAGGAGCCGCUGGAGGGUGAGGAGUUCACGCCCGAGCGGGUGAUGCCAGUGGAGGUAUGGAGCAGGCGCUACUAUCGCCGGAGCGCGACGGAUGGCGUGGAGAUCUUCCUUGCGCGACGGAAGACAGGAAAUUGCUGGGCAGCCCUGUUGCCCGACCUAUCAAUGGGGGCCAUCACGAUCACUGCGAAGACGACGGUCUUCGCCGACCCGGUGCCAGGCAUCCGCUGGCAGGCUCUCCCAGCACUCAGCCAGGUGCAGAAGGACAGCUUCAUGCAGCAGGCCACGGACGGGCUGCGAGCUUGUACCGACCGGGGCGCUCUGAAGUACCUGGGGGUGGUGGACAUGAUCGUGGAGACCUGGCUCGCUUUCGUGAGUUGGAUCGUGACCUGCAGGGGCACGCUCAUCGAGUCGUCCGAGACAAUCCAGGAGUGGGUGUCUUACGGUGGCGAGUGGUUGGAGUGGGCUCGAAAGCUCAUGCCGCUGCGGCGCUGGGCGGCCUUGCUGCUGGCCCUCAUCCUGCUCAUGAUCUGGGGGGCUCACGAGAUGCAGGAGUUGGGCGACUUGGCCGAGUCCCAGAGAGCGAUGGCGGCGGAGCUGAACGAGAUCAGGAUCGCCGAACGUGCGCGGGAGCUGAGGCGCUCGGCCAUGGCGUCGUCGAGCGUAGACCGCGGUGCCGAGGCGGCGGCUGCCAACCAGCUGCAGAUCCAGUCCAUGCUGAGUCGCCUCGACGAGUUCGAGGCUCGCUUGCAGGGAGGUGCGGCGGCGGGGUCCCCUGCGGCAGCCGCGGCACCCUCUCCUGCCACCCCCGCGGGCGCGGCGGAGGGUCCCACCUCGCCUGCGCGCGCGGACGCGACGGUGCUGAUGGAGACUCCGGACAAGCGUGCGGCCUCGGAGCCGGCCGAGGCGGUGUCCCUGGCCAUCAAGCGGAUGAGGUUCAAGGCUCAGAUGCCGCAGCAGGUCUUCUUGGAGCAGCUGGAGGACUUCAAGGAGUGCCCAGCGUCAGAGUGGGCGACCAAGAUGCCCGAGGGCUACAGAGAGAGGAUCGCCCCGGACGUGCUCUCGGAGGUCUACUCGACGGGGAAGACGGCGGAGGCCUGGGCGAGGGACUUCAUCCGGGACCGGGGCCUCACCGACUGCAACACCGCUCGGGAGAUGAUCGCGACCUUCGCGGCCGUGGACACCAUGCUCAUGACGGACCGCCAGAAGGGGCUCUUGAAUCAGGUGAGCUUCGAGAGGCUGGUGCGAAAGGGUUACGCGCUGGUGAGGGCCUACCGCAACGUGCACUGCCGCGACGAUUGGAGCAGGCCCAAGGACUCCAAGAGCUGGAAGUCCAAGGUCGACUGGGAGGCGGCGCGGCGCUUGGACCCGCAGCUGGCGGACGAGAGCACGAUCAGGGUCAUGAGUGCGGAGGAGGAGGUGAAGAAGGCCAUGGGUCGGGACGCGCAGUUGAUCAAGGCGCGCACGGACCUGGCCAACGUCGAGCUCACGGCGGGUGCUCUCACGCUGGCGGGAGGAGCCGCGAUCCUGCGGCUGCGCCCCGCCGCUACGGCGGCGGAGAACCAAUCCCGAGCUCCGCAGCAUGAGCCCAGUUCUGAGCAGAGUGAGAUAUGUGAGUGCGUCAGGGCCGCGGAGGUGAAGAACUACGUGGACCCGCACUUCCGCCGAAAGAAGGACAUGCUGAUGCUGGCCAGGCGCAAGGCUCUGGCCGGGAUGUUGUGCCGCUGCGAGUCGAAGGUGGACGAGGUCGGGCUCUUCUGUGUGGUGAAGAAGGCCGAGAUCGUGGACGGCGAGCCCUUGGUGUCGUUGCGCUUGGUGUUCGACCAGCGGCGCUCCAACUUACGAUGGCGGUCGCCGCCGUGGUGUGCCAUGGGCGGUGUCAGUGCCAUGUCGUUCCUGGGCGUGUCCGAGGAGAUGACGGAGGAGGGCGCUCGGAUGGUCUUUGGGACUGGCGACCUCCCCGACUUCUACUACACGUUGGACUUGGGCGAGGCGAUCGCGCCCUACUUCGUGCUGCCUGGGGUCCGGGCUUCGGAGCUUCUCGACGUUCUCCCCGCGGGCGCCUGCCUGAGUGGGUUGGGCGAGCACGUUGGUGUGCGGGUGGCGCUGAUGGGCUUUUCUUGGGCCUGCUGGAUGGCCCAGACGACCAUGGAGGACCUGUUCAACUCUGGUCCCUCCCUGGGCAUGCCCGCUCUCGCCGAGGAGCAGCGGCUGGCAGAAGGCGGUCCGCUGCCCCUGAUCAGUCGAGAGGUUCCCGCGGCCCACUACGAGUACAUCGACGACUUCGGCAUCAUCGGGGUGGACUACCCUCCCGUCGCCGACGCCGAGCCUCCCACGCAGGUCAGGGACAUCUGGUCGGGAGCCAAGUACUUGGUGAACGCCGCGGGCUUCAAUGUGCACAAGGACGACUGCUCGGGGCAGGCUCGGAUGAUCGGCGGGGACUUUGCGGGCACCCGCCUCGCCCCGAACCAGGACAAGAUGUGGCUGGCCGUGGCCGGGGUAAGCGAGAUCCUCAGGCAGCGGUCGGAGUUCCCGGACGCGGUGGCCAAGAUCGUGGGUAUCCUGUCCUGGGGUUUUCUGAUCACUCGAGGGGCCCUGAGCGUCUUCUCGGAGGUCUACCACUGGUGCAUGGAGUUCCGAGGGGGCCCCCGCCGUCGGCUGCCCGACGAGGUCCUUCGCGAGCUGGCCUUGGCAGCGGCUGUGGUGCCGUUGGUGUCUGUCGACCUGGCCAUGCCCUGGGGCCCCACGGUGACGAUUUUCGACGCGAGCCUCUACGGCGGGGCUAUCAUCUCUGCCCAGGCCGACACCCAGGAGAUGCGUCGCGAGGCGCCGAAGGAGCGACUGCAGGGCGAGACCGUGCUGCCCGCCGAGACGGGUCAGGUGAUCGAGGAGCUGGCGGACAUCGCGGAGGAGGAUCCGUUCGCGCCGCUACGGCUGGGCUGGCCCGCGAGGGCAAAGGUGCUGCGCUUCCUGCACCUCUGCAGCGGCCACACGCGCUCGGGCGACUUGGAGUUCUGGCUCGCGCGUCUCGCGGCCAGCCGGGGGUAUGUGAUGCAGUGCACGAACGUGGACAUCGGGUUCGGGCCGGAGUUCGACCUGUCCGAGGAGGUGAACGUGCGGAGGCUGGAGCUGCUCGCCGAGCUGGAGGUGGAGAUGGGCUCGGCGCAGUUGUUGAGCAGCCUGCGCGUGCUCAGGGCGAUUGGCCUCCGAGGUGGCUCGGUCUCGCUGGAGCACCCUGCCGACCCGGGGAAGCCUCCGUUUCCCUCGAUCUUCGCGCCGCCCGAGGUGCUGGAGUGGGAGGAGACUCUCGGUGCCUACAGGAACCACAUGGCGAGCUUGUGCGGGAAGGACGAGACUGGCCGCUUCAGGACGCGGGUAGCCCAGGCUUACUCGUCCGAGCUCUGCCGCGCGCUGGCGGAGUGCCACCUGGACGCCAUGCUGGACGGGCGCGAGCGGCGCGAGGCGGAGUUCACAGAGAGGGCCGUGGAGCUGCUGAUCAAGGAGACGCUCGAGCGGAGGCGGCGCGACAUCCGGGACAUCGACGUGCUGCCCGCCUCCUUCCUGGAGGAUCGGCGGAUGCACGCCACCAACCGACGAAAUGAGAGUCAGAGAGCUGGACCCUCUGGUCCCAUGCAGACCUCGGAGGCGGGGCUGUCACUUCUGCCCUACUCGGUGGCCAAGAAGACGGCCCUCAACUGCUACGUGCCCAACGCGCGGCGCUUCCUGGAGUUCGCGUUGGACCUCGACCUGCCCAUGAUGAGCAGGGAGGAGAUCGACAAUUCCAUCCUGGUCUACUUAGACUACCUGGUCGAGGACGAGGAGGUGGGCCCGCACAGGGGCGACUACGUGGUGCAUGGCAUGGCGUUCGUCUGGCCCAAGCUGUCUACGGGCCUCCCGCGCGCCAAUCGGGCUCUGCGGGCGUGGCGCAAGAUGCACGUGGCCGGCGAGGGUGGGCCUCAGCCGCUCGAGGUGUGGGCUGCCCUGGACGAGGCCAUGAGGCUGGCCGGGUCCGUGGAGGCCGCAGAUGCAGCAGCGCUGGCGGUCGACGCCUACCUCCGCUCGGCUGAGGUCUUCGCGCUGCGAGUCGAGGACAUCGUGGACGCCGAUGAGGACGUGGUUGCGAUCAAGCUCGGGGUGCAGGAGCGGAACGAGCGCACCAAAACCGGGGUGAGGCAGGGCGUGCUGAUCGACCGCCCGCACGUCGCCACCAUGCUUCGGGCGCGCAAGGCCGCCAAGAAGCCGGGCGAGUUGGUGUUCGGCUGCUCGGUGGAGGCCUACCGCCGCGCUCUUCGGAAGGCCAGCGACGACAUCGGCAUCGCCGCCUUCCCCGCCCACUCCGCGAGGCACUCGGGCCCCAGCCACGACGCGGCGGAGGGCUACAGGACGGUGUGGGCCAUCCAGCGGCGCGGCCGCUGGGCUUCGGAGAAGUCGGUGCUGCGCUACAUGAAGACGCACGCCCUGGUGGCAGCGAGGGCGGCCGUGCCUGCCGCCGUGAUGGCGCGCGGUCGGGAGCUCCUGGCCAGGCAGGCGCCGCGCCCGGAGAAGGCGCGAGAGUAA